CUUAAAGUUGGCGAAGAAAUAGAACAUCCAAAGUUUUUGUCUUACCCUAAAAAACCCGAACAUCUCGCCGAUCCUGAUGGCGACCUCGCCGCCGCGGAGCCCUAACCCGACUGAGGUCGCUAACCUCGCCGUCGUCCCUCAGGCAGCGCCACCUCGUGCAUGGAGCACCCUCGUGUCCCGCCUCCAGCCGCUCUCCAACUCACUCCUGCUGGCCGCCGUCUCCGAUUUCCUCGGCCGCCUCUUCGUGGGCCGCAGACGCCAACGCCGACGCCGACGCCCUGCUCUCCCACUCCCCAUAUACGAUGAUGCGGCAAGCUCUGCCCGGAUUGCUGGUGAUAUGCCAAAAGCUUUUGCCAUAUUAGAAGAUAUAGUGCAGCACACUUUGUCUAAUUUGCAUAGUAUUCAGAAGAGCUUACUUUAUUGGAAGUCUAGAGAUGAGGGAACAAAUUCACACAAAAUGUAUUUUAUGAUCUUUGAAAGAGGCCCAAAGGCAUUUGUUGAAGCAACAUGCCAGACGCUGAGUACUCUCAGGAGAAAUGAAAGUCCAUCACAGUAUCUUUUAAACUCUGCAUCUGAUAUGGUCUCAACAAAGCUAGCUGUUCUGACCAGUAUGCAACAUCGCUUGGCUGCUUUUCUGGCUGAGGUUUAUUCUGAAAUUGAUAAAUGCAGAGAAGGAUUAACUGAAAGUUCAGAUGAGUCACUGCAUACACUAUUCGUUCUUUUGAACACUGUCUUCACCAAAUUGGAGGUAUCAUUUAGGAAUGCUAGUGAGGAGCAAAAUCUUCUGUCCACCCAUGACGGAGACUCAUCCGAACUUUUCUUCGAAAGAUUGCCAGAAGUUGAUGUUGAGAGUCCACAGUGGACUGAGGCCUUAUCAACAGAUGCUAUAAGUUCGAUCUAUAAGAACGUCCAAAAGUUAGAUAGUUUUAUUCUCUCUCAGCUUUCAAGCCAUAGAAAACCAAGAAAUAUGACCAUAUACUGGUUACCCUACACGUGUGGAGCUAUUGGCCUCUCGGCAUGUUCCCUAUGGCUUUUACGCCAUAGUAGCUUGAUGGGAAGCUCUGACUUGGACAACUGGAUUCAAGAUGCUAAGGAGUCGGUGACUGGAUUCUGGGAUGAGCAUGUUGAGAAACCAAUCAUUUCCAUUAGAGAUGAGCUAUUCGAGACAUUCAAGCGAACAGAUAAACGUGUAAUGGAAAAGGAAGAGGUCCAACUAACCGAAGAAUCAUUGCGCAGGAUGUUGAUUGCCUUUUGUGAGCAAACUUCAAAUGAAAAACUGUCGCAAGAUGCAUCAUCGCAAGAGUUGCUGGAGAUUGUCAUGAAAAGAUAUGAGAAGGAAUCGAUGCAUCCAAUUCAAAACCUGUUCAGUGGAGAAUUAGCACGUGCCAUGCUUAUUCAGGUUCAGAAGCUAAAACUGGAUCUUCAGGAGGCAAUGCUGGAACUGGACCAGAUUCUUAAGGCAAAUGAGAUAAAUUUUGCAAUUCUUGCAGCUCUGCCUGCAUUUGGUCUGUCACUUCUGCUGCUCGUUUUAGUGCGAGCAUGGGCUAUGCAUGACCAAGGUGCAGAGGGAAGAGGUAGGAUUGCCCGGCAUCAGCGAUGGCAGCUUCUCAUAGAAGUAGAGAAAAGACUCAAGGAGUUCCAGAAGUGCAUGGUUAAUGAAAUGGAAGAGGAGGCGUGCUGUAAAUUCGGAUUGACUCUGUACACCCUUGAUAGAUUAUACAAAGCUGUUGAGUUGCAUGCAAGGAAAACGGGCGAGUGGUCAAGCUUGAGAGACGACAUGUUUGAUCUGGCAAAGCCUAAUGUCGGAGUGGCAGACAAGCUGGAUGUUCUUUCAGGACUCAAGUGGAAUUACGCCUGCUUACGUCCAUCUGUGUCGUGAACUUACCUGUGAUUCAUUUUUGACAUACAAUCCGCUUUGCAUUUUUCUAGUACAAUCGUCGCUUCGGAGCACUUUGUUCUAUGUACGACGGGGUAAAGUGACACUGCCACCACCGACAUUUGCACCAGAGGUUCUUGAGUUAAAAUGUACACUGAAAUUUGUGGUAUUUCUGUGGAGUAAAAUGCACUCACGGUUACUGAACU